GCAGAGCGCGACGUCGACGAUCACCAUUCUCUGAGCUUCACAACUUCCCAUCAAGCAGCCCUCUUAACACCCAUCUCAAUCAACGAUGUCUCGCAUCUUCCUCGUCACUGGAUCGAACACUGGUAUCGGCUACGAGAUCGUGAAGCAAGUGGCUUCCAAAGACAAGAGCUACACUGUAUACCUCACCGCCCGAUCUGAGGACAAGGCCAAGGAGGCGCUUGCGUCGCUCCAGAAGGAGGGUGUUACCAACGUCAAGAGCGUCGUGCUCGACAUUACCAAUGUGAAGACCAUUGCGUCCGCCAAGGAGACCAUUGAGAAGGCGGAGGGCAAGCUCGAUGUCCUCGUCAACAACGCCGGUAAUGGCUUCUGGGACCGCGACCAGGACCCUCGCACGACUGACAUCUCCGCUGUGCGCGACGCCAUCGAGCUCAACCUGAUCGGCCUGAUCCAGGCGACGACCGCCUUCCUCCCACUCCUGCGCAAGGGCUCGAACCCGGUCAUCCUCAACGUCAGCACGGACAUGGCCUCGCAGGACUACCUGUCAAAGCUGCCAUCGUGCCCCUUGCACAUCGCCGUCGCGUACAACGCGAGCAAGGCCGCCGCGAACUCGUACACGAUCUCCUUGGGCAAGGUCCUCGAGGCGGAGGGCAUCAAGGUCAACGCGGCCACGCCAGGAUACACGGCCACGAAGCUGAACAACUUCGGGACGAUCCAUGCAGGUGCGAAGUCGGUCCAGGAGGGCGCGGCCAUCCUGGUGCCCUGGGCUCUGCUCGACAAGAACGGUCCGACGGGCAAGUUCAUCUGGGGUGACGGUACAGAGCACGCGUGGUAAAGGUACCAAAAGAGAGCGGAAUUGUAAUAUCAUUUGAAUGAGCGACCGUGUAAUUUCCUUUAUUUCCUCGCGCACGUCUUCA